AUGGUCCAGAAGGGCAAGCUCAGAUGCGGGGCACUGAGCUUCGACCAGCACUGCAUGGUGGGCAACAAGAAGCUCUCCUUCGACCCUCCGGAGUUCCUGGACGAAUAUGCGCUUACGUUGAAGAAGAAAUUCGAAGAGGGUUUAGCUGCAGCCGACCAGUCAGACUCCGAGGAGGAGUACUGUCUCAGGAAGGACGGGGAAUGCGUACUGUCCAAGGAGACGCUCAACUUGAAUAAGAGGAAUUCGGAGCACUCUGUCAAGACGCAUUUGGACCUGGAGAAGAAGAGCAUCCUGAAAGUGGAUCGGAAAAUCAACAAUAAUCGAUCGGACUACACGAGCCGCCAGGGCUCGCCGCAGAAAACGCAACAGCAGGACCUGUUGUCGAAAGAGGAGCGGCUGGUGUGUCCUAAUAACACGAGACAGAACAGCGUGAAGAACAACUGCGAAUCGCCUCAGGAACCGAUCAGCGAGCAGCAGGUGGCCGAAGUGAAGACGACUCGCUCGUUCCUGUCGCGCCUGCGCCAGUUGACCGAUAGGUGGGGCCUGUCUGCUGCUGAGCGGCAACACUGCAAGGCUACCAGCGCCGCCAGCGCCAGGAACAAUAAUUGUUCUAAAAGCAGUACUCCGCACAAAGCGUCGAAAAGCAAACACAGAAAGAUAGACACGUCGAGCGCGGGAUGUUGCAAGGGUAGCGACCUGCACGAAGGCUCAAAGGCAAGCACCUUACCGAAAACAAAACGAACCGGCGGUGCCGGUAAAAAGAGCUGGAAGUUCCUUUCGAUGGGCAAAGGAGGCAAGGGUUGGGCUUCGGACGCGGCUGUCGAUGAGAUGGAACCGGUCGCCGUUGCUAUGGCGGAAGGGGAAGGCGACGACCAAUCCGUGCCGUCCACGUCGAUAGUACAGAGCAACUGCCCCAGUCCUAAUUUCAGCAACGUCAAAGGAGGUGGUACUCCGCAAACGUCGCCCCAUAAAAAAGACUGCCAGGAGCGACAUCAGCCUCAGCUGUUGAACUCGGUCAGCAACAAUGUAGUAGACAAAUGUAUCGCCAAACUGCAGGAAAUGAAAGCCGAAGAAUUGUCCGUAGCUGUCGUGAAGGAAAGGGAACCGCCUCCAAUGAUAUGACAAGAGAUGCCCCCCGCUGAGCGGGAGACCACGUUCGUCGGCUACAUCUUCUGUCGAUGCUGUAAAUAUAAGCCAAAUCCCAAGGAGAAUGUGUAAUGAUAGCUCUACCAGUGUCCUAUUUAUUUCCUUUCCCUUCAGACUAUGUCUUUAUACAUGAUUCCAUGGCCGGAUGUAUAUUCCGACUUUUAAAUAUUUGUGGUUUCAUUCGCCAAACAUGGGGCAUGCAAACCAAAGGAUAAGUUUUAGAUGUUACAUAAAUGCGAAUAAUUGCCCCUUGAUUUUUUGUCCUUCAUUCUGACAAAAUGUAAAGUACAAACUAGCUAAAAAGGUUUUAAUAUGCGUAACAGGAACACUCCUACCGUAGCCUGCCAUGGAAUCGUAUAUCUACUCUACGAGGGCGGACCGAUAAAUACUUAGUCAACACAAGAAAAACGGAAAUUUUGGAAAAGUGGCGAUUUAUUUCUCAAUAUACUCUCCUUUUAACUCAUUAUGCUUACAAAACAAUCCCAAAAACCUGAUAAGCGUUUAGAGAUGAAAAGUUCGCAACUGAACGUAAAUUCGCAACAUCACUGGUUGCCUAUGGGUAGACCUCGAUACCGUGUUAUUUCCCAAAAUAAUGUCGCGGGUAAAAGAGUUUACGUCCCAAACCAAAACAAACAACUAAACGUAAGGUAGAUGCAUAAAGAAGGUGCUACUCCAUAAACUGGUGAUUCGGGCCGAACAUCCCAAAAUGUGGAAAUCAAAGGGAUGACCCACGCACAACCAAAGCCGCAACAGGAAAGGAAGAAAAAUUAGGGACUCCAGACAAACAAUGUCAAAAGUAGGAAGGCGUUCCAAAAUUUUAUACUCCACGGAGCCGAUGCCAAAACAAAUUAUAAUAACGAAUGAGAAGUUGCGAUUUCCCAAAUCAAACUGUCUAAUAUUCUACCCAGUUUUGCCCAAGGAAAAUAAAUCGAUCCCAAAAACCUG